AUGGCCGAGUUCAAAGAAAAAGUGUUGUCUGAGAAGUCUGCGUUUGUGGACUUUUACGCCACCUGGUGCGGUCCAUGUAAGGCCAUUUCGCCAGUGGUGGAGAAACUUUCGGAAACUCAUAAAGACGUCAAGUUCUUCAAGGUGGACGUAGACGAUGCUCAGGACAUUGCUGCAGAGUACGCCAUCAGCGCUAUGCCCACAUUUAUGACUUUCAAAGACGGCCGAAAAAAUUUCCAGUUUGUUGGAGCCAGUCCACCGGCUUUGAAACAGAUGAUCCUCAACGUUAAGGAAGACUCUUGA